AUGCAGCUCCAAUAUGCAGCGCAAUUGGUGCUCGCGGUUGCAGUCCAAACGUCACUGGCUAACGACUUGAAUCGUCAACAGCUCGAGAAGAGGGCGACACUCGCAUAUUCCCCUCCCUUCUACCCGUCGCCAUGGAUGAACCCCGAGGCCGACGGCUGGACGGAGGCGUAUGCCAAGGCCAGGGAGUUCGUCUCGCAGAUGACGCUGCUGGAGAAGGUCAACCUGACCACAGGUGUUGGCUGGGGUGCGGAGCAAUGUGUCGGCCAAGUAGGCGCGAUUCCUCGCCUGGGUCUCCGUAGCCUGUGCAUGCAGGACGCUCCGCUGGGCAUCCGUGGGACAGACUACAACUCGGCGUUCUCCUCGGGCCAGACUGCUGCCGCCACCUUUGAUCGCGGUCUGAUGUACAGACGCGGCUAUGCCAUGGGCAAGGAGGCCAAGGGCAAGGGCGUCGAUGUGCUGCUCGGACCCGUCGCCGGCCCUCUCGGACGCAUGCCCGCUGCUGGCCGCAACUGGGAAGGCUUCUCCCCGGAUCCGGUCCUGACGGGCAUCGGCAUGAUGGAGACGAUCAAGGGCAUCCAGGAUGCUGGGACCAUUGCUUGCGCGAAGCACUACAUUGGCAACGAGCAAGAGCACUUCCGGCAGGUGGGAGAGGCCCAAGGGUAUGGGUUCGAUAUCUCGGAGACGUUAUCUUCCAACAUCGACGAUAGAACUAUGCACGAGCUCUAUCUCUGGCCCUUUGCCGACGCGGUUCGUGCCGGAGUCGGCUCGGUCAUGUGCUCGUACCAGCAAGUCAACAACUCGUACGGCUGCCAGAACUCUAAGUUGCUCAACGACCUGCUCAAGGCCGAACUCGGCUUCCAGGGCUUCGUCAUGAGCGACUGGCAGGCACAGCACACGGGCGCCGCAAGCGCCGUUGCUGGCCUCGACAUGACCAUGCCGGGCGACACCGUCUUCAACAGCGGGCUCAGCUUCUGGGGGGCCAACCUCACCCUCGCGGUGCUCAACGGCACCGUCCCUGCGUACCGGCUCGACGACAUGGCGAUGCGCAUCAUGGCCGCCUUCUUCAAGGUGAACAAGAAGGUCGAUGAACUCGAGCCCAUCAACUUCUCCUUCUGGACCCUGGACACGUACGGCCCGCUCCACUGGGCCGCGGGCAAGGAUGUCCAGCAGAUCAACUGGCACGUCGACGUCCGCGAGGACCAUGGCAGCCUCAUCCGCGAGAUUGGCGCCAAGGGCACCGUGCUCCUCAAGAACACCGGCUCCCUGCCGCUCAACAAGCCCAAGUUCCUUGCCGUCAUCGGCGAGGAUGCUGGUCCCAACCCCAACGGGCCCAACUCCUGCGCUGACCGCGGUUGCGGCGACGGCACGGUGGCCAUGGGCUGGGGUUCCGGCACGACCAACUUCCCGUACCUCGUCACGCCCGAUGCCGCGCUCCAGGCCCGGGCGGUCCAGGAUGGAUCGCGCUACGAGAGCAUUCUGUCGAACUACGCGGCCGCGCAGACGAAGGCGCUGGUGUCGCAGGACAACGUGACGGCCAUUGUCUUUGUCAAUGCCGACGCGGGUGAAGGCUUCAUCAACGUGGACGGCAACAUGGGCGACCGCAAGAACCUGACGCUGUGGAAGGACGGCGACGCGCUCGUCAAGAACGUCUCGAGCUGGUGCUCCAACACCAUCGUCGUCAUCCACUCGCCCGGCCCUGUCCUGAUUACCGAGUGGUACGACAGCCCGAACAUCACGGCCAUCCUCUGGGCCGGCUUCCCGGGCCAGGAGUCGGGCAACUCCAUCGCCGAUGUUCUGUACGGCAAGGUCAACCCGGCCGGGCGCACCCCCUUCACUUGGGGCGCGACCCGCGAGGGCUACGGCGCCGACGUGCUCUACAAGCCCAACAAUGGCAAGGACGCGCCGCAGCAGGACUUCACCGAGGGCGUCUUCAUCGACUACCGCUACUUCGACAAGGCCAACACGUCGGUCAUCUACGAGUUCGGCCACGGCCUCAGCUACACCACGUUCGAGUACAGCAACAUCAAGGUCGAGAAGGCCCACGGCGGCCCGUACAAGCCCACGACCGGCAAGACCGCACCGGCCCCGACAUUCGGCAACUACUCGACCAACCUGGACGACUACGUCUUCCCCGCGGACGAGUUCCCCUACGUCUACCAGUACAUCUACCCCUACCUCAACACGAGCGACCCGGAAAAGGCCUCGGCCGACCCGCACUACGGCCAGACGGCCGAGCAGUUCCUGCCGCCGCACGCCACGGACGCAUCGGCGCAGCCGUACCCGCGCGCGUCCGGCAAGAACUCGCCCGGCGGCAACCGCCAACUGUACGACGUGCUGUACACGGUCACGGCCGACAUCAAGAACACGGGCGCGGUGGCGGGCGACGAGGUGCCGCAGCUGUACGUGUCGCUCGGCGGGGCCGACGACCCCAAGGUCCAGCUGCGCGACUUCGACCGCAUCCGCAUCGACCCGGGCAAGACGGCCACCUUCCGCGGCCAGCUCACCAGGCGGGAUCUGAGUAACUGGGAUCCGGCCGUGCAGGACUGGGUCAUCAGUGAGCACAAGAAGACCGUCUAUGUUGGGCGGAGCAGCAGGAAGUUGGAUUUGAGUGCUGAGUUGGAUUAA